GAGCAGGGACCCUCUUGUUCAUCCAGUGGCCCCUGCCACCUCAUGGAUCCCAUGUUGGAGGAAAGCUGAUCAGUGAAUCUGGAGAGCUGCUUCAUAUACAUCACAGGAUCCCAUGAACCAGACCUUCUCCAGAGAAGGGGAAUGGAAGUAGAAUCUUUUGCUGGCUCUUUCUAUGACAUCAUACGCUCAAGGUGGUUUUAAGAUUCCACAGAAAAAAGCUCCAUUUCAAGAAAUGCCUCUUGUUCUGGAAGUCACUUCAGAGUCUUCUGAAUGUGUCCUUUGCUGGGCCUAGCUCUUUCCUUGCUAGCCCUGCCCUGCGCCUUAUGCGAUGACACGGUGGCCGACGACAUCGGGACCCACAUGAUGGCUCGCAUCUCGGAGCUCCUGUCCCCGGAGGAAUGCCAGGCCUUCCACCUCAAACUCCUGGGCCCCGAGGAGAACGUGAAAGACGAGCUGGAGCGCCUCUCCGAGAAGAACAACCCCAUCGGCCGUCGAAGACGACGACGACGAAGGCGGCGGCGCCGGGACAUCAUCACCACCGCUCAGUGCAAAGAAACCCUGCAGCAAUGGCUGGAGACGGAGGGCGACACCAUGUACUGGGAUCGCUUGUCCCGGGCUCUCCAGCUGAUCGGCCGCGCCGACGUCUCGCUAGAACUGGGCAAGAACCUCAACCAGGACAAGAACCUGGAGAUCAAGAAGAACGUGGAGGAGUACCACGAGACGGUGAAGCACCUGACUUCCUCGCUGCUCCUGGACGAGGGUCCCGGAGGGAGCGCGCAAGGCCGGCAGCGGCGCCAGGGGCCGGAUUCCGCUCCGCCGCCGCCGCUCGAGCAAGGGGAGUGGGACGGGCUGGAGCUGAUCGUCGAGCGGAAAGCGUUGCCGCCUUACAACCGGAGCCUCUUUGAAUGGGCCACGCCUCUGGCGACGGGCGUCCUCAGCGGCUUCCUGACCUCCUUCAUCCUGGUGGCGCUGGCGUUCUACUCUUUCGUCUGGAUCCUCAACGAAGGCAGCCCCAGCUCCGCGCCGUUUCCCGGCGACCGCUUGUCGGCCACGAUCUUACGCCCGCCUCCCACCAGCCGCGGAGGCAUCUACUACUCGUUUCAGCACCUCGAAAGCUACGACCCCGGGGAGGCCGAGGACGAUCCAGACGAGGCCGAAGAAACCUUACGUUAAGCCGGGGCAAAAGCCGGCCUCUCUUCUGAAGAGUUGGAGAGACAAUAAAGGCGGCUCGUUCAUUUUG